AUGAGUGAAGCUCCGACGAGCUCACAACAAGAAAAUCGAGUCGGCGAAAAUCCGCCACAACCAGCAGCAACAGGUCCGCCUUUUCCGACAAUCGGACGACCUCUACAAGCGGGAGAAGAAAUUCCAGCCGGAUGUAUAGUUUCACAGACACCCGAAGGAACUAUGAUCUUCCAAAGCAAGGAGGAAAGAAAAAUGUAUUAUCGUCUGCAAUCAGAAGCAAAAAUCCCGGAACCCCAUGCGACUCAUCGCAAAUUGAUGAAGGAAAUUUGGAUAAACGGCUUACCAAAACCGGAACGAGAAGCCCUCAUUUCGGAGAUUGUUCAGCUGAUCGUCGGGGAAGCCGAAAAUCCGUACGAGGCCGUUCUCGAGCUGCACAAAUAUUCCUGUGAUUACACCGUUAACAGCAAUGAUCGACUAGCUUCAAUUAUCCUCAAUUGCUUCGAGAAAUGGUUGAAUAAACGCGAUGAUCGGGACCAAUUGGAAGAAAAUUUUCUGAAUGCUGACAUUAAGAAAGUUGCUUUUGAUGCGGCGACAAAAGUGACAACGACUUCUUUGGCGAAAAUCUUUGACAUCUUCCGGAUUCAAAUGAAAAACGAGGAAGAUGUGAUGAAAGUGGAUGUCGAAUUGGAUGAAUUUAUCCAAGGGGAGAUUAAGACCUUGUGCGAGCAAUUGAAGUUUAAAGAAGCGAUGGAAGUCGUGAAUCUGAUCUCAUGGCAUGAAAGAUUUGAUGUCGAGCUUUUUCUGAUUCCGUGCACUUUACAAGAUCGCCGUCCACUAGUCGAGGAAUUCCUGAAGAAAUGCCCAAGGCUCAAGCCAAAAUAUGUACAAUGGUUGGAUGAAUUGCUUCCAUUGACACGUCUGCAGGUUGAAGAGAAAUUUGCAAGAUACAAACAACUGAAGAUUAUGACUCUACCCAUUGAACAAUUUCUCGAUAAAACUUUGGAGAAGCACAUUCGCCGUUUGCUACUCGCGUAUCGAAUGGGGCCGGCACAAGCACCGAAUUUCACAAGAUCGCGUGUUAAAGGACAAAUUCGUUACCAAAUUAAUCAAUUUCUCGAAGCGGAGAAGACACUCGAGAACCGCUACAAAUACUACCAAGCGCUGUAUAAUAACGUCAAAGAUGACGAAAGUAUGCAAAAAUACAUGCUCAUCAAUUUAGUGGGUGAAGCAGUUUGGUGGAUGCUGCUGUUGAAUAUUGAUGAUCCAUAUUUACUUCCAAAUGAACUAAAAGAUGUACAGAGAAUCGAUCCGGGACUCAUCAGAGAAAAGCAAAAAGAGGUUGAUCAAUUUCGUUUAUAUAUCGAAGAGCAACGCGAUGAAGCAAUUCCCAAGGUUCUUCAUGAAGACUACGCCAUUCAUUUGGUGGACAGCACAAAAUUGGAACUCUUUCAACGAUUGCCACAAUUACUACUGGAAGAAGAGCUCAUUGGUAUCGAUGCAGAGUGGAAACAAGGAAUUGCGAGUGAUACGGUUGCUUUAAUGCAAGUCGCUUGUGGAGAAUGUGUAUAUUUGAUCGAUUUCAUCUCGUUGACCACUCAUUCAACAUCGGCUCAAUGGAGAGUUUUCUUGGAAGCACUGCUAACUGGACCUGGAAUUAAAUUAGGCUUCGAUUUCGGUCAGGAUCUCAAGCAUCUCUUCGAUACUUUCCCAAAUAUGGUCGAUUUGAAGUCAAAAUUGACGAACAUUGUUUGCCUAAAACAAUUAACGAAUAACAUACUCGAUGUGAAUGAUCAAGUGAUUGAUGUAUUCGAUCCAAGUCGACCCAAUCAAUUUGACACCUACACAACAGUUGAUGGAGAACAAGUAACCGAGCGAAAUUUCUCUCUUGCCUAUCUUUACAAGCAAGCCGUUGGAAAAGCCUUGGACAAAACGCAACAGCAAUCCGCGUGGACUCAACGGCCACUUACGCCAAAGCAAAUUCUUUAUGCGGCGCAAGACGCUUACUGCUUGCACGAGAUCUACUGCGAAUUACAGCGAAGGACUGAACGAGCUGGUUUGCAUUUCGAAAACUAUCUUGCCGAUUGCAAUCCGUUGACGGUGGCAAAGAAAAAGAAAAGAGAAAAGCGAGAAGUGGAUGACGUGGAAGAGGUCGAGAAAUUAGUGCAGGAAAUGAAUGCUUUUGUUGCUUCCUCUGAACACCCAUUACGAGGAUGCGGUGAAUUGAAGCUCAUUACCGAUAACAUGCUGACGGCCCUUGGGAAAUAUUUGCGCCGAAUGGGUGUCGAUGUGCUGCUAUCAAAUGCAAAGAAUGACGCUUUCCAAUUAGCCCAUCGACAUACCGAUCGAAUUCUUGUGAGUACUGGAAAAACUUACACUCAGUUGACUAAUAUCAAAUCAUUGGCCGGUCGAACGUUUCGUGUUCCAUAUGGCCAACAGCAUCCACCAAUUACACAAGCGAUUUUGAUCUUCAAAGAAUUCAAGAUACUCCCGAAGCGAAGCGACGUUUUUUCACGGUGUAUGAGUUGUAAUGAGAGAGCAUUUGUGUUGGUUCCUCGGCCGAUUCUUCACUUCAUCUAUCAUUUUUGUUUCGAGAUUCGUGGAGUAUAUGCACGAGAAGAGGAUUUUGCAAUGGAAGAUUGGUUAGGGAAGCUCUCCCCAGAAAAUUUGGCCGCGGAGAAGCAUGGAGGUGUCGGGGCGACAGUUGAUUUUAUCAAACCUCCUUAUCAAAUGGUGGCAAAAUGUGUCAAUGGAGAAAUUCAUUUGGGAGCCGGAAUGGUGAAUAGCGAUAAUGGAAUGGGACCGGUGAAGAUCGAAAUUCAUAAAUAUCCAUCAAAUGUCUUCAUUACUCCUGGGGAUCGUUUCUUUUACGUGUGCGGCGGGUGUGGGCACUUGUACUGGGACGGAUAUCAAAGGAAAAAUUAUAUGGAAACGACCGGUGGCCACAUCAUCUCGAAUUGUGAAGAAAGUGACGAAUCUCAAGAACGA